AUGUCUCGCGUUUCAAGGCUCGCCUCUUUCCUUGCGCUGGCCUCAACGGGUCUAGCUCAACUUCCGAACAUCCAGCCGUUCACUGUUACUGGAUCUCUGGACGGUUGUAAUGCUAAGAGCACGGAGUACAAUUCCGGUGGUUCAAUCUCAGUCAACAAUUGGAAUAUCGAAGUGCCACAGAAUCUCAUCGUUCAGUUCCCCGUAGUGUGGGCACCAUUCCGGGAACUCUGCGAUGCAGGAGCCCUUGGCUUCGAAACUACCGUCGUUGGUAACAUUGUGGGCGGUAAAGUUAUUGCUGGACAGGUUUCAGUCGCCCAACGUUUCGGUCUCGAAGGCAGCCAAGGAUAUAUCUCGGCAAUCAACGAUGACGGUACGCUUCAGAUCGCCAGUGGUCCAACUGUCCGAAUCAAUGACCCUGAUGGUCUAUUUGGACCCCAGUAUAACUCUCAGAAAUACUGGAUCGCCGACACAGCUAGUCCGUCGGUAACAUCGUUCUCGGGAUUUCCUAUGUGUAUUCCAUACUCUGGAAACACCGCCAAGUGCUCGAGCUCGAAUCGGCCCAACAGUCAGUCGUUCACGCCCCAAGAUCCACUCAGUAUGGUUCCAUUCAAGGUCGGCGACUUCAUUGAGUACUCUGGUCUCAAGGUUGGUGGCAAUGAAAUCCUCGCUUCGUCGAUCGUGUGCAUCAGCUUGCACAUCACGACACAAGCUAGCGAGAGUGUACCCAACUACAUUCGCGUUGAGGAUUUCCUUAUUGGCGUUCCUGACAACUCACCGAAUGUGGAGUUUGCCGAUAUCCGCGUGAUCGGUUUCCUGUCCAGCUGCUCUGGCGCUAUAGUCACUAUCAGUGCUAUUGACGUUGACCCUUGCACGGGCAAGGAGACAUAUCGCCCCAUCGGCACAGCCACUCCAAAGCAAGAGACUCGUUGUAAAUGGGAGGCUCGCAUUGCUUCGCCAGCUCAAGCCCCCUUCACCCGCGAGUACCGCAUUACGACCAACACACCGGUCAAGGAGACCAAGGACGGUAUCAAGGCUGGUCAGUUCAUUGCAGCUGUUAGCGAAUGGAUCUUCCCUGAGGUCGAUGUGCCUGGAACCAACCCGCCAGCCUACCCAUUCAACGAUAUCCGGGGAUUGGUUCAGGGUGACUUCCUUGAUGGCAAACAGUACGGACCUCUGUCACCGUUCCCAGGUCCCAGCCCGCCAUCGCCAUCCAAGAUCUGCAGUCCCGCAGACAUCCCAGACCCCAACGCAACCCCUUCGGCUACUCCCUCAGCUACUCCUUCGCCCAACCCCAACCCAGAUGAGCCAGCUACACCACAGACUGCCCCAAUUGCCUCUAUCGCAAGCUUUGCGUCUGCUCUGCGCGUCGGCACUAGUGUAACACUCUUGGGUUCCAACACCGCUGAGGGCCUCAAAGACACUGAUCUGAACUUCAGCUGGACCAAGACCGCGCCUUCCUCGGCGACCGUUAGCAUCACCAACGCCAACAGCCCCAGCGCCACAUUCCUCGCACCCAAAGUGACAACCGAGACAUCCUUUACCUUCGAACUCACCGUCACCUCCAAGACCGACGCCACAAAGACCAGCAAGGCAACCGUCACUGUCAAGAUAAACCCCACCUUGGCUGACACCGUCACCCUGGACACGUACACCUGGGAGUCGAAGCAAUCCGGCAGCAUCACUGCGACAUGUACCUCAAAUGUGAAGAACGGAGAUAACAAGGUCAUGACGCUGCUUCUCAACGGUACCAUAAAGCGGACUAUGGUAGCGGUGAACGGAAGUCCAGGUAAAUGGACAUACAGUGCUAGGGAUACCGCGAGACCGAACAACUUGAAGUGUGUGAGUGAUUUGAAGGGAGAGAGUGCGGUGAGGCAGGGUACUGCGACGACGAGAAGAAGGAGAGCUGUCGUUUGGUAG